AUCUCAUUUAAGAUAAACAUAUUUGUCUAGGUCAGAGCUAUCCUCUCGCGCUCCUUAUUUUGUUGCACUUUUCUUGUUGCAUGCAGUUUACACUUCACCGUAAUAUCUGAGUUUUUUGCCCAUAUAUAGCAGGCAGCUUCCCAUAUCCCCCCUUAAUACUAAUUAAGUAGUAUCCGCCUCCGCCUGAGAUAUGGCUGACCUAAGAGGAAGUGCUGCUAUUUGCGAUGAAAGGUGUGGCUGUCCUUCUCCCUGCCCCGGUGGCAUUGCUUGCAGGUGUGUGUCAGGGGGUGAUGCGAACAUGGAGCACAAGAGGUGCUCUUGUGGAGAACACUGUGGGUGCAAUCCGUGCACAUGUUCCAAGAGUGAGGGCACCACUGCCGCUACUGGCAAGGUUCAAUGCAAGUGCGGCACUGGCUGCACCUGCGUCAAGUGUGCUGCUUAAACUAGCCUAAUAAUGAUCACUUUGGCCUAGCUCCUAGUAGUUAGGAUCCUUCCUGUACAAGUGCAUGCAUGCUUCCGGCUCUUGUUUGUUAGGAAUUUCUUCUUCCUUACAUAGAUCUAUGUAUGGUGUGUGUACAUAUACAUAGUACUGCCUCAUCCAUUAAUAAAAAUAAAUAAAUAAAUAAGCAUGCACUUCCGGGGAUAGGAUACCUGCUCCACCUCGCUCUACUAGUUUCUCGUGCGCCAUGUAAUUAAGCCAAAUUAAGAAUUCUGUGCGAAUCAGAAGCGCAAAACAGGCUGUGCUUAGAAGGCCGUGUCUUAAUUUGCGGACGACUAAUGAGUGUUCAUAGGUUCUCUUUUUGGGUACUACUAAAAAAAUUUGUUUUUUUUGAAA